UUCCGGCAGCAGCAGUCACACGCAUCGGUAUUGCAGCAUGACCAAGGCCGUGACCUUCGCCGCCACCACGUCCGUGCGAAGCUACGCAAUAGCCUUCGUCGACGGCGUCCUGCCCGAUGAGGACAUUGGCAUCGGCUUUGCCGGCGCGGUCGUCACCGACAGCCGCCACGUCGACCUCGUCACGAGCCCCAAGCCACGCCCGCGCCGCCUCUCAUUUCGCAGCAAGUGCUUGCUCGUCUACGGCGCCUCUUCGCCGCCAGCAGCCGAGGCUGCGUAUAUCGCCGAGCUGCGGGCAUUAGCGGAUCGCAGCCGAGGCGACCGCCUCGUCGCCCGCGCCUUGGGCGACGACCCGAGUCCUCGCCGUCGCGAGCCGGGCAAGGAGCGCUGGAGCCCGGCCCAAGUGCGCGCACAAGCCAAGGCAGCCUACGUGGCGCAAUGGACACCGACCUUCCAUGAGGUCGAGAGCGAGCCAGCCUGCGCCACGUAUGUCCCGCCGCCGAGUUUGUUUACAAAUCCCUUCGACAUCGACUUUGUUCCUCGGUCCGUCGACACCGAGCCGCACAAGAAGCGCAAGCGGGACGACGCCGACGCCUAUCGCAGCCUCUCCUUCCAGUGCCCAAAGACGGCGUCUGCCGAAGCACCAAAAGCGUGGUGGCGGCUCUUCGUCUAGCCCUCUGAAAAUACAUACGUGAUCCUUAACGCGGUACCAUCUCUAGCUCAUGUUCCCAGGAUCGAGCCUGCCUUCUCC